CCGUACACACAUGCACACACACACACACGCAUGCACACACACGUAGCAGACAUAGCUUUCUUAAAUCCAGCAUGGCUGAUCAACAGAAUAUUGUUGGCCCUCCAAAAGGUUAAAGGUUUAAAACAUAUGUACAUAUACAUACAUGUGUCAUCUAUUAUUUUGACAAUGCUGGUAAGAAAUCAAUAACAUUAUUCAGAUACUGAAUAAUGUUAUUGAUAAACAUACAUUUUGAACUUACAUUUAGUAAUCAGUUUUUGUAAAAACAUCCACUGCUGUUGAUACACAUGGACCUAUGAUAUUAAAUGUGGGGAAUUUCACUGAAACCACCCACACAGAUGAAAUACAUUAAAUAUAAACAUACGAGAAGAGUGUUAUCUACCACUUGGAAAGGUCAGUUCAAUAGCAGACAUGUAAUGCCAUUGGACUAGUGGAGCUAUGUUUAGUAUCAUAGCUGCUGGUGCCUUUAAGAGAAGGGCGAGGGGAGACCAGCCACAUGAGGCGGGGCCCAAGAACGUCUAAUAUGACUUUCCAAAUAGAAACUAAAGUCGCAGAGCCACUGUGUCAGGGAACACAAGCACUCCUGUAUACUCCUUUCCUCUCCGUGCCAAGCCACACACACAGUGAGAUAUGGCUGCUGCUGGCAGUGUGCUCACUGAGGAGCAGCUUCUUUGCCCCAUCUGUCUGGAUUUGUUCAACCAACCAGUUACCACUCCUUGUGGGCACAACUUCUGCAGGGACUGCAUACAAGGAUAUUGGCAGAGCGCUAAUCUGUCACAGUGCCCCAUGUGCAAGCAGAAGUUCUCCAGGAAGCCUGAGCUCAAAGUUAACACCUUCAUAUAUGAGGUGGCUUCCCAGUUCAAGAAUGCAUUGGAGAAGAAAGACCAAGAAGAAGCCAGAACCGUGGACCAGUGUUCAACCAAUAAAGGAGAAGUCUCAUGCGAUGUGUGCGUUGGAAAAGGAGUCAAGGCUCUUAAAUCCUGCCUGGACUGUUCGGCCUCCUUCUGUGAGACUCACCUGGAGCCCCAUCAUGUUCUAGGCACCUUCAAGAAGCACCACCUGAUCAACCCCAUAAUGAACAUGCAAGACAGAGUGUGUAAGAAGCAUGCCAAACUGCUUGACCUGUUCUGUCACACUGACCAGACAUAUGUGUGCCAGAUCUGUAUUAAGAGAGACCACAGCGCUCAUCACACUGUACCGAUAGAGGACGAGAGCAGAGACAGGAGAGCUCAAAUCGGAAUGAUAAAUGCAGAAGUGGAAGAAAUGAUUAAUGGCCGACUUGAGAAAAUCAUCGACAUCAAUCAAACGGUUCAGCUCAGCAGAGGAAACACCGAGAGGGAGAUCGAAGAGAGUAUGCAAGUCUUCAACAACUUGCUCCACUUUGUCCAGAGGGGUCAAGCCGAGGUGGUGGAGGUGAUAGGUGCAAAGCAGAGGCAAAUUGAAGGCAGGGCCAGAGGACUCAUCGUGGAGCUGGAGCAGGAGAUCAAUGAGCUGAGGCAGAGAAACGCUGAGCUGGAGCAGCUCUCACACACCAAAGACGACUUCUUUCUUAUGCACAGCUUUCCAGCUUUCUCCACACUGCCAGCCACCAAAGACUGGUCUGCUACCUGCGUAGAGAGUGCUGUGUACGUGGGCACGGUACGGAGAGCCGUCAGGAGAGUAGCGUGUCAGCUGGAGGAGACAGUAAAGGCUGAGGUGAAGAGGCUAUGCGAGACCGAAUUUCAGAGGGCUCAGCAGUGUGCUGUUAAUGUGACUCUGGACCCGGAUACAGCUCAUCCCAAACUGGUGCUGUCUGAAAACAAGAAGCAUGUCUUUCACUGCGAUGUAGCGCUGAGCCUCCCGGACAACCCAGAGAGAUUUUACCCUGGUGUCAGCGUUUUGGGAAAGGAGGGUUUCUCCUCAGGACGGUUAUACUAUGAAGUCCAGGUGAAAGGCAAGACAGAGUGGGAUGUUGGAGUUGGGCUUCAAUCCGUCAACAGAAAAGGAGGGAAUAUACUUAACCCUGAGACAGGCUACUGGGCCCUGGGGAUGAGGAAGGACAAGAGCUACUGGGCCCUCAGCAGCACUCCUAUCCGCGUGCCGUUGGUCGGGAAGCCUCAGAGAGUCGGCGUCUAUGUGGAUGUGGAGUGGGGGCAGGUUUCUUUUUACGACGCGGAUUCUGCUUCUCAUAUCUACUCGUUCACUGGAUACUCAUUCAAUGAAAGACUUUUCGCCUACUUUAACCCUCGGCGUAAUCAUGGCGGAGUCAACUCUGCUCCUCUAAUCCUCUUGCCUGUCUGACAUCGGACAUUUCAUCUCUUCAUGUUGCUUGAAUACGUAACUGUUUUUUUUAGUUCUUUUAGCAUUUCUCAUUUUUCAAAUGAAAGCUAGCAAAGGU